GACGCAGAUUGUUAACAAGAUGCAGCCCUCCCCCACCCCCCUACCCUACACCACCUAUUCUCUCUAUCUAUGUAUCUUGUAAACAAAUUGCAAUUAAUUUAUUGAUCUUUGCUUCUUUAUUCCGUCUCACCCCUCCGCCCUUCUUUAGAUUCUUCAUCCACCUCUCUUUCUCUGUCUCCCUGAUAUCUUUUCCUCGAUCAAAUCGAUCUAAGCAUAUCGUAGCAGCGCAAAAGACCUAUUUUGUAUUGUGAACCCAUGGCGCUUGGCUCAGGAGGAUCGAGUGUCGUGGUGCCUCGAAAUUUCAGAUUGCUGGAGGAGCUUGAGCGUGGAGAAAAGGGUAUCGGAGAUGGCACAGUGAGUUAUGGAAUGGAUGAUGGAGAUGACAUUUAUAUGCGCUCUUGGACAGGCACCAUCAUUGGUCCUCACAACUCUGUACAUGAAGGACGGAUUUACCAAUUGAAGCUAUUCUGUGACAAAGACUACCCAGAGAAGCCUCCUAGUGUGCGAUUUCAUUCUCGCAUCAACAUGACUUGUGUCAACCAUGAAACUGGAGUGGUGGAAGCCAAGAAGUUUGGGAUUCUGGCAAAUUGGCAGAGAGAAUACAUGAUGGAAGACAUACUGAUACAGCUGAAGAAAGAGAUGGCAGCUCCCCACAAUCGUAAGCUUGUCCAGCCACCAGAAGGAACUUUCUUCUAGGAAUUAUUAUUAUUAUUUAAAAAAAAAAACAGGAUGUUAUUUGAAAUUAAUGCUUCUUCUGAAUACACUGCUGCUUGAUUAAUUAAUCCUUGUUUGUGUCUACUGUCUGUUAUGUAAUAUGGUAUUGCUUUCCUUUUCACUAACUCCAUUCAUUUUUGGAUCCAUCUGAUUGAAUGGCUUAAUUCAAACCUUGUGUUGCAUG